AGUUCCCAUGCUGCGAAGAUGGGCUUCUAAAAAUGUGCUCAAGGGUUAUAGUGUGUCAUUGGAUUAGGCUCUUAGCACCUGCCGUAGCUCUCCUCAGUCUGAAAUAAACACCCUCAGAAGGACUCUGCCGUAGCUCUCUUCACUAGUGCGCUGUCUGGCCUGUUGUAACUGCUUUGCUUUGUUAGGAUGAAGAAUGAUAUGGAAAUUCAGUUUUCAUCAGUUCUUCUGCUAGCACAUUUCUGCUUUGUAGGAGCACAGACUGAUUACGCACCAUAUUUCUAUGAUAAUGGGCCUAACAGUAACAACGGUAAUAUGGCACUGUUAAAUCUCUCAGAGGAUACGCCAAAAGGAACACAGAUAUAUGUUCUUAAUGGAACCGUCCCAGAAGGCCAGCCAGUAAAGUAUGGAAUGACCUUUGAACCCGGAUCCAAAGAAUAUUUUCGUGUUCAUCCCAAAUCUGGAGCAGUAACUCUAAUAGAUGAACUUGACAGAGAGGCACAAGAUGAGAUUGAAGUCUUUGUCAGUAUCUCAGAUGGCCUUAAUAAAGUAGCUGAAAAGGUUUCAGUUUUUGUCAUGGAUGCCAAUGAUGAGAGACCACAGUUUCAGAACAUGCCUUCCAUUGUAGAUGUGGCUGAGAACACUACAUCUGGGAAUAACAUCUACAAAGUGCAGGCAGUGGACAGAGACACCGGCUCAAGGGGAUCAGUCACUUACUUCCUCCAGAGCAGUGAACCGAGCACAAAGUUUGCCAUUGACCAUCAUAGUGGUGUGUUGCGGAUAAAACCAGGUGAAACCCUCGAUUAUGAGAAAUCCCGCACACAUUUCAUCACUGUGGUGGCAAAGGAUGGAGGCGGCAUUUACAAGGGCAAGCACCAAGUGAUGUCAUCGUCUGCCACUUUGACCAUAAAUGUGAUUGACACUCAAGACACUCCUCCUGUGUUUGUUGGGACUCCUUACUUUGGUUAUGUCUAUGAGGUCUCCUCACCUGGAUCUGAGAUAUUUACAGUUUUUGCCAAAGAUGGAGACAUGGAUAAUCCAAAUCCAAUAAUGUAUUCAAUAAAUUCUGGAGUAGAUGGUGUUUUUGCCAUCAAUAAAACCAGUGGAUGCAUCAUUCUGAAGGUGUACCCAGCAGACCUGAGGAGAGAAGUCUAUAAUAUUAAAGUCAAGGCUUCAGAGGUUAGUCCAGAAGGAAAACGCUUGGACUUUGCAGUCACCACAGUGACCAUUCGGGUAGUGGAUCUGAACAACCAUCCACCCACAUUCUUUGGAGAGAAUGGACCACAAAAUGUGUUUGAGUUAACUAUGUAUGAGCAUCCUCCAGAGGGAGAGUUCCUGAGUGGCUUGAAAAUAACAGUCAAUGACUCCGACCAGGGAUCAAAUGCAAAAUUUCACCUCAGACUGGUGGGCCCAGGCCGCAUGUUACGAGUGGUUCCUCAAACCGUCCUGAAUGAAGCCCAAGUCACUGUCCUGGUAGAGGAUUCUGCUGCAAUGGAUUUUGAGAAAUCACAAUUCCUGACAUUUAAGCUCCUUGCUGUAGAGAUUGACACCCCUGAGAGAUUCAGUGCCACGGCAGACAUAAUCAUUCAUCUGCUAGACACCAAUGAUAAUGCUCCCAAAUUCUCCUCUGAUUUUUACAUCGCUCGGAUUCCAGAAAAUUCACCCGGAGGAUCCAGUGUUGUGUCUGUGACAGCCACAGAUCCUGAUUCUGGUCUUUGGGGUGUGGUCAAAUACUCCAUCUAUGGCUCAGGAGCGGACCUGUUUCUCAUUCAGCCUGAUUCUGGAAUCAUCUACACUCAGCCCUGGGCCAGUCUGGACGCCGAAGUCAAAUCCAAGUAUAACUUCUAUGUGAAGGCCGAAGACACUGACGGAAAAUACAGCCUUGCAGAAGUCUUUGUCACCAUUAUGGACCUCAAUGACCAUUCACCAGCAUUUCAUGAAAACUCUCUAGAGAAGACAAUGGUGAUUGGUGCACCAGUGAAAAUAGAGGCGAUUGAUGGAGAUGCAGAAGAGCCCAAUAAUAUCAUUGAAUACUCCAUCAUGAAGUCUGACCCAGAUGACAUAUUUAACAUUGAUGCAGACACGGGAGAAAUAAAACUGAAGCCGUACAUCAAGUCCAUGGACAUAGUCCAGAAUAUCACCAAUCACAAAGACUGUACCUGGUCUGUGGUUGUUCAAGCCAAAGACAGAGGUUCACCAUCCUUCAGCACCACUACGGUGGUUAAGAUUGACAUCACAGAAGCGACUCAACUCAAGGGACCUUUGACGUCCUUUGUAAUGAAAAGUAGGGAAAAUCCCUUGCAAUUCCUAGGCUUGAUCAGUGGUGUCAUUAUAAUCAUGGUUUUUGUAACAGUCUUCAUCUCUACUGUUAUAUACGUGAGAAAUGUAAAGUCCAACAAGAUCCUACCCUCCCGUCGCAUCAUACGAAGGAAGCGUAAACCCCGAAGACAAGACGACUUUCAGCAACCGUUCAGAGAGGAACGUUUUGGAGGUAAGUUAAGAAAUGAGGAUCUGGAGAUCCCCACAGCAGACAAUAUCAACUGUAACAAUAACGUCAAAGUGUGUUCUUAUCGAGCCCCUCCGUCGCCUCCUAACGCCCCCGUCAUGCCCCCACCGUUGCCAACUCACUAUAGACACGGUGAACGGGGGUGGACAGUGCUUACAGUUUCUGCCUCAGUGGCCUCCAAGACAAAAAAAAGAUCUCAUAGGGGUAAAGACAAUCCUGUCAACACAGCACUGGUUUCUGAACUCAAACUUAGACUGGAGCAGAAAAACAUGGCUAACCGAUACUGAUGCAUGUAUAGAACUACCAGUGUUCAGUGGAGAGAAGACGUGUCCCUCUGCUAAUUCUCUGUCAUGUUUCUUCUGACAAAGGAGAUUUCAGGCAAGAUUUGAGCAAGGACAAGAUCUCAGCAGGCCAGCUCUGGAAGCUUCUUACUGUACAGUAUGUUUUCUAAUGCGUGCAGAGUUUAGCUGGGAUUGCAGGUUGAACCUAGUGGAAAUGAGGGAAAGUGUCACUAGCCAAGACUAGCACCCUGCUAAUCGGCAUGCUAGGACUCUGUGUACUGCCCUCUUCUGGAUGGAAAAUAAUUGGUUAAUGUUUACUCUGUUUCUCAGACAGUUCAUGCAUACAUACAUGUACGUAACCACAAAAGUGUUUUUUUUUUUACUCUGGAUAACUGGCAAGGAAAAUGAAUUAUGCAUGUGCGUUUUUAUUCUUCGAAAUCAUCUACUAUAUAGUUUUUUGAAAGGGAAUAGUUUAUUCAAAAAUACAAUAGUGUCGCUGAGGCCAGUGAAUAAAUGCAUUCUGAUUCUCAUACAAUAUCUUUUGGACCAUGAAAGAACAUUUACAAUGCCAAAUUCUGAACAUUCAUUUGCUGGUUUAAGUUGAUAAAUGAUUUUUACUGACCCCUGAAAAUCACAAACAGAUGCAAUAUAAUUAUUUGAGUAAAUUGUCUUCCUAUCCUUCAAUGAGGAAAACCAGUUACGUUAUCAAUUUGUGCAAUGUUUCAUCAAUUUAAUGUACCUUGUCAGCGUUUAUGCAGUUCAGUUUUAAAUGUCAAAUAAUUGUUGGAGUAAUCUCUGUUUAUAUUCAACCUUUUGUAAAUAAAUUGAUAUUUCAUUCAAAUGUGUCAUGUUUCAUUUGUAGAUGUUCAUAGCACAUUUUUAAGAUGGUCCUGUACAUUUUGUCAUAUGGGCUGAUGUUGCAGUUGGUGACCUAAAGCUUUUUUUAUCUUUAUUUAAAAUACAGAUUUUAAAACCCAGAUUUUAUUUUAGAGACUUUUUUUUUUUUUUUUUACAAAUUCAGUGAGUAAUGUGACAACUCAAAUUUCAGAAACGUACCAUGUGCAGCUGUGAUUUUAGCACGUGCUUGUUCUUUUGAGCUUAACAUCAAGUUCAGAUUUGGUGGUGACUAAGAUUUGGAAGACAAAUUAUGAGUUGUCUUUCUCUGGCUUUCCCAAAUCUCUAAACGUGUUUAGACAUUUAAAGACACAUAUUUUUAAGUGUGUGUGCUAUUAAACUUUGGAAAUGUUUAUGAUUAUUUCUUCUUUAAAGCACCUCUGCACAUGAGACAAAAUUGCAGUGAUGAGGAAAGUCUGUUUUCAGACAGUA